AUGACUCGCAGUCCAAGUGAGCGCACCCGGCUGUCCGCACUCAUGGGCUGUCACACGUGCACCAACCUGGUCGUGCACACUCACAAACUGUGCGUCAUGCGUCCUGAGAGCGACAGCGCGAGCGUGGUGAUGGAUACCGUGAAACGCACGGCAUCAGCAGCAUCAGCAUCAGCAGUUUGACUUCUACUCAUCUUUCCUCUCACGCACCCCCCACUGCUGUAGGAAAGUUUCCCCGUGCGUGAGGCGGCAUUAUGGAUUUUACCACACGGAACAACGACAGUAACGCGACCAGCGGCUACCCUGAAGGGAUGGACGUGGUUGCCGACUGGAUCGGAGGUGAGAAUGUCACGGGGUCUGGGCUUAUCCCAGAUCUGGUUCUGGCUUACCAGAUCAUCACCUCUCUGCUCCUGGGGGCCCUCAUCCUCUGCUCCAUAUUUGGUAAUGCAUGCGUCGUGGCCGCCAUCGCCCUGGAGAGAUCUCUCCAGAAUGUCGCCAACUACCUGAUCGGAUCCCUGGCAGUGACAGACCUGAUGGUGUCGGUGCUGGUUUUGCCCAUGGCGGCCCUCUACCAGGUUCUAAACAAGUGGACUUUGGGGCAGGAGAUCUGUGACUUAUUUAUCUCUCUGGAUGUUCUGUGCUGCACGUCCUCCAUCCUCCAUCUGUGCGCAAUUGCCUUGGACAGGUAUUGGGCUAUAACUGACCCCAUCGAUUAUGUAAAUAAACGAACACCAAAACGAGCCGCACUCUUGAUUUCCGCAACUUGGCUAAUUGGUUUCUCCAUCUCCAUCCCGCCCAUGUUAGGGUGGAGAAGCGCCGAAGAUAGGGCGAACCCCGACGCCUGCAUGAUCAGCCAGGACCCGGGCUACACCAUCUACUCCACGUUUGGAGCUUUUUACAUCCCUCUAAUCCUAAUGCUGGUUCUGUACGGGCGAAUAUUCAGGGCUGCUCGGUUUCGAAUUCGAAAGACGGUAAAGAAAACUGAGAAAGCAAAAGUUUCAGACAGGUGCUUGACAAUAUCUCCUGCCAUCUUCCACAAGAAACCCAACGGAGAGAGUGGUGGCAAAGGCUGGAGGCGCUGUGACGAGUCUAAAUGCAGCUCUCCGUGCGUAAACGGCGCCGUGAAACACGGGGACGAGGGCGAGUCGCUGGAAAUUAUAGAAGUUAUCAGCAACUCCAAGACGCACUUACCCCUGCCCAACACCCCCCAGUCGUCCUCGCAGGGUUAUGAAAACAUGAACGAGAGAAACUCGGGUGCAAAGCGCAAACUGGCGCUGUCCAGGGAGCGCAAAACCGUGAAAACGCUCGGGAUCAUCAUGGGAACUUUCAUCGUGUGCUGGCUGCCCUUUUUCAUCGUGGCGCUGGUGCUGCCUUUCUGCGCAGACAGCUGCUACAUGCCCGACUGGCUGGGCGACGUUAUAAACUGGCUGGGAUACUCCAACUCUCUCCUGAAUCCCAUCAUUUAUGCCUACUUCAACAAAGACUUCCAAAAUGCUUUCAAGAAGAUCAUAAAGUGCAAAUUCCACAGAGCGUAAAAGCACAGCCCGGACAGAGCAGCAAAAACAAAACAAAAAAUAACUCACAGACUUUCAUUCAGGGACAGUUUAUUUUUGGUGCAUAUCAGAGGAGUGUGUGUGUAAAAAGAAAAACACACAAAUAAAAUUAAAAAAGGACAUCUUUGUUCCUAAUGUACAAGCUCAUGUUUCUUCAGUGUUGUAGCUAUAUAAUCCUACAGGAGCCAUCAUUGUGCUGUCAUGCAAGAUCCGUCUUGUAUUGAUUCCAUGCAUUUUACCAUGAGGCACGAAGGAUUUCAGCCGCGCUCCAUCAUGAGCUUUGUAGCACUGAAACAAUAAAAGCAGUCAGCUUGUCAUUAAGAAAUUUGAGUUGAUUUUUAUUCAGACAAAGGGCGAAAGAGAGAAGGAAAACACCAGCAGGCCUGCACCAAGCUGUCUCCUCAUACAUCUUCAUGAAGGUCAGGUCAUGAGGACUGAAUGGUUCACUGUGUUGUUGAGCAAACGGCAGGAACAACUUCAUUAUUUGCUCUGGCAGGCCGCUCUGAUGCUGAUGGAAAGCGAGCAGGUUGUCACAAGUGGAUCUCAGGGCUCUUAGCAAAUAGAUGUUGAAUAAAACCAACUGUCUGGCUUGUAAAUCCAAUUUGACACUAAGAAGAAAGUAAAACUUUUUAGAUUUUGUUCUAAACUUCAGAGGAAACAUUGAUUCAGGCCCUGCAAACAGUCAAUGUCGCAUGGACAUGCAGAUCUUGUUUAUGCUGAGUCCAUCGGCCCAGAGCACUUCUGUAGGUCGUCCAAUAGGCCUCUGGUCUCAUGGAUGACAAAAGCCAAUGCAGUAAAACAUUCUGUCAUUAUUUUAGUCCUUAAAAAAUAAAUAUGUACAUUUUGUGCAAAAUAAGUGAAACAAUUUAAAAAAAAGACCACAUAAGAGAAAGAAGGGGAACUUCAUGGCCAAGAAGCUGUAACUCCUGUCAUCUGAUACAUAAAUCCCGUACACAAAUCCACUUACAGGAGAUACAAAGAUACAGACUGUCAGAGGAAAAUAACUUUCAGGAAGAAGCCCGGUGAGCCCUGCACACUGCACAAGAUGGGUGGCUAUUUGACCUGUUGUCGUGGCAACACAUCAAUCCCAAGGCUUAGUGGGUUUGUUGGAGUGGCAGGAAGGCUGUGGGGCUGAGCACAGACAGGAAUGUGAGACGCAGCGUGACGGUUUAGAGAUGACAGCUGUGGCGUCCAGAGAUGUUCUGGUAAAAAGUGUCCAGCAGGAAAACGAAUUCACAGCUCUGCUCUGAGCUGCUAUGUUUGAUUUUACUAAAUCUUAAUUACCAAAUGAGAUAAGAAGGUCUACCUCUGCGUUUCUCAUCUCCAGGUUCUUGUCGUCUCAAAAACAAAAAGGUUAAUUUAGGAGAUAACCUUCCAUAAUGAAGUUGCAAGCCAUUAAUGCCACCUCCAGUAAUUAUGUUCCUGCAAACAAUGGAAUAUAAAACUGUGAAUAAUUCAUAGCAAAUCUAUAAUGUAGCUGUGGCUACAGUAAAGGGUUUGUGGUUGCACUCAUGACCUGUGGAUAAAACUUUUGUUUCACACGAUCUGUGUUUGGUUUGAAAGUUUUAAAUCACCUUCUUUUGAAGCUUUUCCAUCACGCCCUGCAACCACAGUUAGUCCUUUCCCUCAUUUAGGAUAGAGAAUAUAGAUAUGUCUAAAGCUAGAUGAAAGUUUUGUCAAUAAAAAAGUAAUAAUUCAUUCAAAUCUAGCAAGAAAAGGCAAAGCUUUUAAUGUCUAGGAGCGCCGCCCUGCUGCUUUUAGCUCCAGUUUUCUUCAGCUGGUACCUUUCGCCUCGGCGGUGUUUGAUCUCCGUGCUCUCUGGGCUUUGAUUUCCCCUCAUAGACCAGAGACAUGCAUGUUAGCCUAAUUAGUUAUUCUAAAUUGGCUGCAAGUGAAAGUCUGCAUGGAUGUCCGUCUCAUUAUGUGAGGCUUUUGAUGGAGUGGGUGGUGACGCAACCGGGGUUUAGCGCUCGUUCGGUUGCAGCUUAAAACUCUUCACACAGUUAAAAAAUAAACAUGCUUUAUAGGUUAAUAGGUGGUUCUUAAUCAACUGUGUUGGAGCAGGGAAGCACCUAAAACAUGCCGGAUGGUGGCUGUUGAGGACCAAACUGGUCAUCGCUGCUGUCGAAUUAACUUUUUUUUAAAUAUAUGAAUACAGGAAUGUGUGUGUGUGUGUGUGUGUGUGUGUGUAUGUGCCAUAAAGAAAGUCACAAAACCCUUUUAUUCCCACGCACUUUAUUCCCCUUUUCUGUUUUUUUGUUGCAAAAUAAUUGCAAUCAAAAGACUUUUGAGGAAAUUAAUCACAAAUCUGCUACUUCUGUGCGAUAUUCUGAUGAGCUCAGAGGUGUCCAAGUGGAGGACGAGCUCUGAGCCACCGAGUUUGUGAACCCGUUGGUGUCAUUACAUGUUGGUCACGAUGAACGAGAUUACAAAGCAGCUUUGAACUGUGCUGUAAUAUCAAAGGCUUGGAUUGUGAGACUGCAACAAUCCAACUCAUUAUGGGACUCUUGAGUGAUACAUGGGUGGGUGUGAGGGUGAUGACGCAAGAGCUUCAACCCAGAAACUGGGAGGAGAGAUGUGGAUCACAUGACAGGAACAAAGUCAAAUGCAGAGUUUAUUAUGUUUAUUUGCUUUA